AUGGAUUGGCCACCAACUCGCGUCUCUGCGUUUAGCCCCCGAAGGUAUUAUUUAGAGGCUCACGAAGCACUGGUUGCCGAUGCAGCAGGUACCGUUGAUGUCGCAGACGACGACGUUCUGCUUGUUUCGCAUGGCGGGCACCGGCACGAUUCGCCAGCUCUGGAGGAAGCUCUUCCUCUUGGGCGCGUCGCGCGCGAGCUUAGCCGUCGCGUGGAUGGCGGACGACAGCGGCUUGAGCGCGGCGGCGCCGAUGAAACCGGCGGGCGCCUCGACGGCAACCUCCUCGUCCGACUCCAUAGCCUCCGCCAUCUCCUUCUUGUGCACCCUCUCCAUGUGCUCGGACACGUCGGUGAAGAGCGCCUGCCUGAGGAGGAGCAGGGUCAUGAAGCGCUUGUUCGCGUGCGUCUCGAAGCGGUUCACCCUCGCCAAACCCUUCGCAAACGCCACCCUCGCCCACGCGCCCCACGCGAACGUCUCCAGAGCCCAGGGGUUGGAGACGGCCCGGCCGGAGGCGGGCACGAAGGGCUUGGCGUCGGCUUUGAAGGUGGACACGGAAGACUCGGCGCGCGCCGCGACAGCCUGCGCGAUGGCGGCGAUCCGAGCCGCGGCGGAUUCCUUCUUCUUCGUAACCUCCUCCUUGGCAGCCUUGGCCACGGUCCAGCUGCUGCUCUGCUCCGCCCUGGAGCCGGUCUUCUCCCACCUCCACCUCUUGCUCUCCGCCGGGGAGAGUUUGGGCUUGUCGAGGUUCACCUCGUCGACGGCGGGGAGCGAGGGCAUGUUGACCUGCGUGGUGGCGCCGCUGCGGUUGGCAGACGCGGAUGCCCAGAGCUGCGUGAACUCGAAGGGCUUGAGGUAGGAGUGGCCGUAGACGAAGCGGCCCGCGGGGAGAUGCGCGAGCUGGACGCCCGCGUGCUUACCCACGAGGGUGCGCGCGCGGGGGACCGCGGCGACGACGACGACGCUGCCGUCCUCGGCGUGGCCAAAGGAGAGGGGCGCGCUGCGGGGAGUCCACGCGAAAAACGCGCGGGCGGACUCGUCGAAGCACGCCAGGGAGAAGGCGUGUCCCUCGUCGUUGUAGGACUUGAGAAGGCCCCUGAGGGCGUGCGCGCGAUCGCGGGGGUCGUGGAUGUACCUGUCGCGCUCGGCGAUGAAGGCGUCCACGACGCGCUCGGCGACGAGCGUGUGCGAGAAGAGCGCGAUGGAGACCCCCUUCUUGGAGAGGAGCUGCACGCGGCUCGGGCGCUUGGCGGCCAUUCCUCCGCGGGAGUCCUGGACGACCACGGACUGCGCGGGCAUGAGAUCGGAGAAGAGAGUCGACUCGGACUCGUUGGCGGUCUCGUUCUCGUCCUUGGGGCGGACGGAGAGCAUGAAGAGCGCGUCCUUGAAGAGGCCGUCGGCCUGGAUUUGUUGAGGUUCUUCCAAAUUAGCGGGCAUGUUGAUGACGGGCGUUGGUGUGGCGCGCGGGGUCAGAUGCGGAUGCGGAACGCGUGUGCGUUUAAGUGUGCGGUUGAGUGUGCUGGAUUGCGACUCGGAAUCCGAGUCGCUGUGUGCAGGUACGUGCGAGGGCUAUGCCGACGCGCGUCUGUGUGCAAGAAAAAGUGA